CGGAAGAGGGGUGGUGGUAAUUGUUGUGCUUGUGAGCAGCGGGGAUCUGAGGAGUAGAGGAGCAGAGGAGCGGAGGGGGAUUAACAGAAGAAGAAACUCUCAUGUCAAACAGCCCGAGUCGGUGAAGAGGCGCAGACAUGUCGGCUCACAGCCGAGCUAACGGCCCCGGACCCGGCGGCAAACCGCCGCAGCCCACGGUGACAGCGGAAUACUGCGCUCAGCUGCAGCAGUGGAUGUGGGGCUACUACUGGAGCUACACCGGCUGGCAGAGCUGGCUCUCCCUGUCCGCCCUCUCCUUCCCCCCGCCGCCAGGGACCAGCGCCCGGACACCGGCUGCCGGUGGUGGUGUAGGUGUUGCACCGUGGCUCAACUGGAACCCUUAUCUCCCCGGCCUCCCCCCGCCCCCGGGGUCCUUCCCUCAUCCCGGGGGUGCACACAUCCAGCACAGCGCACCCCCUGAACCCCGGGCAGCCCAGGAGCACGACCCCCCUCUGGCAGGACGGGAGUACACCAUCCCCUCUCCUCUGCAGAGGUUCCUGGCAGAGACGGUGGACUUCUUCAUCCUGUUCUGUGUGAAGGCCACCAUCGUGCUGUGGAUCAUGCACCUGAGUGGGAUGAAGGACAUCACCGUACUGAUCACCCAGUUCAUCGUGGAGGAGAUCGACGAGAACACGUCCAUGGAGGACCUGCAGAAGAUGAUGGCUGUGGCUCUGGUCUACAGGGUGUUGGUGUGCUUCUACGAGACGAUCUGUAUUUGGGGAGCCGGUGGUGCCACUCCGGGGAAGUUCCUGCUCGGCCUGCGGGUUGUGACGUGCGACACAUCCACUCUGGUGCGACCCAACCGAGUCUUCGUCGUCCCGGCGUCUAACGUCUCGCUCUCUGCAUCUACGGUGCGGGCGUUGAACAAGAACUUCUCCAUCGCCUUCCUCUUUCCGGUCUUCAUCACCCUCCUCUUCUUCCAGCACAACAGGACUGUGUACGACAUCGUGGCCGGCACCAUAGUCGUGCAGAGACGAGGCGGCAGAUAGCCUCUCCUUCGGCAGCGGACUCUAUUGGGGUAAUGAUAAAGUGCGAUGGCCCUGAAAAUGCAAUCAAUCAGUCACCAACGGCACCAACGGCAGGAAAAGAGAUUGGCCCAUUUCUGCAAUAGAUCAAACAUGGACAUGAGUGCCCUUAAAAUGGGGGGGGGGGGGGGGGGCAUGCUGAUGGAACUAAAAAGAAAAUCCAUACUGACUUCUUUUGUUGUAAGGUAUUCAUUUAGCUACAAAGAAAGUAUUGUGACUUUUAAUGAUGUUAAUAUAGGUGUAGGAGAAAUUGCUGUCCAAUGUUUCCAGAAAAUCCUGUGACUCAUGACAUUUGAAUUAGUUUGUGUAAUUUUAUUUUAUAUUAUUUUUCCAAAAUAGCUCAUCUGUGUAUGAUUUUAAACCUUUGGUGACACCUAGUGGCUGCACCGAAAACUACUCCCGAGAUGCCUGUUAAUAUUCAUAGUGAUAAUUUUAUUUUUCUACAGAGGGAAACUAAUAAUACUUAAAGAUUGAUUAAACAUCAGGAGGUUGUGAAUCUCUUCAAACUAUAAUCAGCCAAUAUAACCCUAAAGUAACAUUUUUAUAUAUAUAUAUAUAUACACAACUUAAAAAGCUGCAGAUGAAUGAAACUUCAUGCACGAACUUGUUUGCUUUGCUUAUGGUUUUUAUGUUUGUGAAUGUGAUUAUUAUUUUAUUGUUCCCAGGCUUAUUUGUGUCAGUGGAUUUUUUGAUGAAGCACUGUUUAGAUGUAUCUGCUGAAAAGCGACAAUAACUCAACAAAACGAGGCGCUGUUUGUCUCGGCUGCAUCGCUGAAAUAAUGAUUGUCCACAUGGAUGUUAUUGUAUUGGUCUGGUAUUGUCCACAUACUACUGCAUCAUACAAACUGAUGCCGAUGUUGAUGUAUAGUUAAUAUCUUCACAAUUAAAAACACAUUUGAAAAUGA